AUGCCCGAACCGGAACUACACGUGACGAGACCUGAGACUGGGAAAACUGGGAAUCCCAUGGGACGCCCCACCGAUCUCGGUGUAGUGCAAUGUGUCCACGUCGACAGUGGUCAAGGCGGAUAUGACAUGAUACGCCGGGACCCUCGGAAAGGUCAGCGCGCCAUAACGAAGUAUGUCAACAGGGAGGUUGUCAGGUUUUUCGCGAGAUUCGGGUGGGAGAACCCGGAAAGGUCUGUGCCUCCGGACAUUGCUCAACCGGAUGAGGCGACUGUGGAUAAACACGACGAAGAGGCGGUGGCAGCCUCAAAGGCGGUAAAGAAAGGUUCCGCCAGUGCGAAGCAGCAAGAUAUCGACAAGCUCGUAAAGAAACUAAUAUUGACUCGCUUUCAAUCGCGCCACAUCGACCCUUCGAAACCUUCUGCCGUUAAAAGCAAAUCGGGCGACGUCGCAAGCAUACUACAUGCGUACAUGAAGCAACCAUCUUUACGACAGCUAUACAAAGUAUGGGCGACGUCAAAGCCACGGCCUGAGCUGGAAGCGGAAAUCGAACGACGGCUGCCCGAAGUGAGGAAGCAGAAGGAUAACCCCGAGUACGGACGCCUUGGACUGUGGAACACCGUGGCUUCUGAGCUGUACAAUGCCGCUAGCGACGAAGAGAAGAAAGAGGCGACAGACGAGGCUCAGAGAAUCCUGGACGAGCAGACAGAGGAGUGGAAGAAGGGUCUUGCGGAACCCCAGUCCGUUGAGGAGGCGGCCCAGUUUUUGGUAGCAUCUCAAGCCUUCCUCGAAGAUCUUAUGCACUUCUUUGCGGAACGAUGCGGCGGUAUGGCGGUCAUGAUCCUGUCUGGCGGAGGGAAGGUGUCAGUAUCGCAAGGGACCUGCGAUGUUCCUGGAAAACCCAAGAUGCUGUACAGCGAUCUCCCGGUGGAGAAGGUCUUGCUGGAGGGCAUCGCCAAGCGCAUACACACCCAAGCGUGCCUCGUUACCGAGGCGAGAUGGGGCGUACGCGUUUCAGACAAUACCCCGGGGAUCAUGCAGGCUUCCCGUGAUGCGGGAGAGUGCCCCAACGCCACAGAGCCUUUCGCUGGUCCGCCACCGAUGCUCGACACGCUCUUAGAGACUGUUGACUCUUCCGGCAAUGUCGCUUCCACGCUCUUUCCUGAUCUCGAUCCGGCACCACCACCGGCACCGCACAUCCUGAGCAUGAGCAUCCCGACGCCCGGGAACAGCGGGCUCCAGAUUGCUCACUGCGAGGACCCGAGCGUGCAGCAGCCAGAAGUGGAGUGCCUAGUACAAGAGAGCGUGGUCCAAGUUGUGGACGUCGAGAGGGUUGUGUCAGCAACGACACCGUAUCAGGCAGUGCCAGACGAGCAUAAUCAGCAAGAUACUGGCACCUACAUCAACAUGGAUGGCAUGAUGACCGACGGGCUACCUCGAGCGCAUAGUCCAUCGGUACGUUCUCGACCAAGACCGCGACCAAAACCAACGGGCCGGAAGCAAACUACUGCUGUGCCUGAGGUGACUGUCUCCGCGGCCCAUACAUCUUUCGAACAGGUCAAUGUCGUCACGGAGCGCUCGGAGGCGAGCUCGCUUGGAGGCUUCAGAAGUACCGUGCCGUCGUCCAAUGCCGCUACGAGUGAUAGCAAUACCUUUGCCGAGAGUGCUGAAGAAGAGAAGGACAAGAGAUCGCUCCCGGACAGUUCCGUAGGAACCAGCCAAUCCUUAUGGGCGUUCGUACCAAGCCCGCUCGAUACAUGGGCAUGGGAUAGAAAGGAAUUUGGAGAGCGGUGUUCUCGCGAUGGUCGUAUACUUGAGGAGCGAAAGCCGUGGUUUGCGUCGUAUGGGAUGACCGCAUUCCUGGGUUCUGUCCCAACGAAGCUGGAGGGGAGAGUUGACGUCGGACUCGGCUGUAUGGUGGUACAUGCGUAUAUGAGACUGGAGUUAAGCAAGACAGCCGAUGGUGUGCUAGACCUGGAUAGGUACAAGGUAAAUGGAGAGGCACUUCCGGCGUAUACGGUCUCCCAGUCCCUGAGGAAAGAUCCGGCCAGAAUGACAUGGCACAAGAGAACGUUGCCCGGUAUAAAACGCAGUGCAGCUCGAAUGGAUCUUGACGUGGGCCACUCCUUGACACGACAAUGGGCAUAUCAACAGGCCGACUGUCGACGCGACAAAGAAGGAGUUCUCAUACGUGCAGCCGAUAGCUCUAUGGAUUGGGAGGGACGGUUACCUGCAGGUGCACAUGGGGCGAGAUUGCUGGUGCUCACACUGUUGUGUUGGGGUGCAGAGAUAGAGAGGGACGCGGACUCAGAGAAGACAGAGUGGAACAAGCUCGCGCGGGACUUCGCCGACGUGUUAUCGGUGUUGGCCGUUCAAGCCGGUCCGUACAAGGCACCAGCAGUAAAGUCGAGCGACAACACAGGAAAGCGGAUCAAGUGA